AUGUUCUUGCGUUCAGCGUUCGCAUAUAUUUUCGUCUCUAGCUGCUUAGUUGCUGUGUCAGCCAGGAAUCCACCCAAAGUCUUCAUAAUACGACAUGGAGAGAAACCUCCCAACCCGGACGAUCAUGGCUUGACUCUAGACGGCAUCAAGCGAUCACAGUGCCUGCGGGAUGUUUUCGGCAAAGACUCGAGCUACGACAUUGGACAUAUCAUGGCACCUACAGUCAAGUGGAAUGGUGAGCACCGGCGGGCGUAUAUGACCGUCCUCCCCCUCGCCAAUGACCUCGGUCUUGAAAUCGACGCCCACUGCUCACGCAAAGAUACCCAAUGCGUUGCUGAUACGAUUCGAUCAUACGAAGGUCCUGGAAAUAUCUUGAUUUCCUGGCGACAUAAGAACGUAGGGGAACUCCAGGAGCACUUGGGCUCCCCCGAUCCACUCCAGUAUCCUGAAGAUCGAUUUGACCUCAUUUGGACAAUUCCCUACCCGUAUGAAGAGGUCACAAAUAUAGAAAGCGAGUUCUGUCCGGGCCUUGACUACCGCCCGAGGCUAGUAGCCCAGCAUUGA